AUGAACCUAAUGGAGUCUGUCCUUAUUUUGACUACUCUUUUUACUUUUAUAUUUGUAUCCACUAAAAGUACUGGAAGUGGAGGAGUAGUGUACACUCGUUGGGGAAGGAAGUCCUGUCCUACUGGAGCUGAACUACUGUAUGAGGGAAUAACUGGAGGUAGUCAUUAUACUCAUUCAGGAGGAGGAGCUAAUUAUGUCUGUUUACCAAAGGUCCCUCAAUAUAUGAGUACAACUUUACCUCCUAAAGGACCUAUGCUUCAGAUUAACCAGAUGCAUGGAUCUGAAUAUCAAGUUUUUAAUGAUAUAUUUCCAGGAAAGCAUGAUCACAAUGUUCCUUGUGCAGUAUGUUAUGCAACUAAUAGAAUUGCUAAACUGAUGAUUCCUGCAAGAAUUGAGUGUCCUGAUUCAACAUGGACUAUGGAGUAUAAAGGAUAUCUGAUGGCAGACAAAUAUGACCAUGCUAGGAAUGCUGCCUAUGAGUGUGUUGAUGAAAAUCCUGAAUCUAUUGAUGGUGGUGAAGGCAAUACUGAUGGUGCUCUGUUCUACUUCACAAGGUCCACCUGUAAUGGUCUACCUUGUCCACCUUAUGUUAACAAUAGAGCUAUUACUUGUGUUGUGUGUACCAAGAAACAAUAGUAAACUUUAUUAGGUUGUGGUUUUUGCUGAAUCUCUAAUAAAACAGAUUUUACAAAUUCUUUAAUAAUGUCGCUGUA